UGUCUCUCAUCUUUCCCGCAAGAAGAAGUGGGCGACCAGCGAAGAGAGGAGCUCAUCGACAAAGUCAAAAUAAAGUAAAGGGUGAGCUCACUCCCAACAUAAACAGGCAUCCGUGAUCUAAUGUGAGAUCUACGGAGAGACUAUGCCGAGCCCUUUAUUCCACCCGGAGAUUAUUGACCACGACGUGGUGAUCAGCAGCCAGCACAGCGGGGUCAGCCUGUCCCGAGAGACGGACCAAGAACCCCGGGAAGAGGACCACCAAGAGGCGCUCCGUUUCGCCCUGGACCAGCUGUCACUCAUGGCCCUGGAAAAAGUGGACUGUGUGGGCGGUGUUGGUAGCGGAGGCAGCGGGCUGGUAGACCCUCUGGAUGGGACCCAGGGUCCGGGCUCCGAGGGCUGCAAUGGCGUGGGCGGAGGGGGCUACGUGGAUCUACAGAUGUUGGAGCAUCCCAACGGGUCCCGGGACUCGCCGACGUCCUGCUCUCCGUCCCCGGAGUACUACGGCUCGGGCGGGUACCACAUGGCCGGCUCGCACGCCAUGCUGCACGGGGAACAAAGCUCCGUCCUCUGCAGCCGGAAAAGAAGUGUCAACAUGACUGAAUGUGUGCCUGUGCCCAGCUCUGAACAUGUGGCAGAAAUAGUGGGAAGACAAGGUUGUAAGAUCAAGGCCCUGCGUGCCAAAACAAACACGUACAUAAAGACUCCUGUCAGAGGUGAGGACCCGGUGUUCAUCGUGACGGGACGCAGGGAGGACGUGGAGAUGGCCAAACGUGAAAUUGUGUCUGCGGCUGAGCACUUCUCUAUGAUACGGGCUUCCCGCUGCAAAGCUGGAGCACCUGGAGGAGGAGGAGGAGGCUCUCUUCCUGGACCCCCACACCUACCUGGGCAGACCACCAUACAGGUGCGGGUGCCCUACAGAGUGGUGGGUUUAGUUGUUGGACCAAAGGGAGCAACUAUUAAACGCAUCCAGCAGCAGACUCACACCUACAUCGUGACACCCAGUCGAGAGAAGGACCCAGUUUUUGAGGUGACUGGCAUGCCCGAGAACGUGGAUCGAGCAAGGGAGGAGAUUGAGACCCACAUCACCCUGAGAACUGGAACCUUUGUGGACCUGCAGGGAGACAAUGACUUCCACACCAACGGCACUGACGUCAGUCUGGAAGGCCUAGGCGCCCUGAGUGGAGGGCUGGGAGCGUCCCUUUGGUCAAGAGCCUCUGGCCAUCACUCUGCCCCACCUCCUCCUCCACCCUCUCCACCUCCUGCUCUUUCGAUGUCCAUGCAUCACUCCUCCAACAGGAAGAUGUCCUCAUCGGUUGGCUACCACACGCACAACGGCGGGGUGAGCUCAGACAGCUAUAGCACCACCCGCAAGUCCAACGAGGGAGGCAGUCCCACUAGCCCGUUCAGCACAGGCUCCAGCAGUGCAGGAGGAGGAUUCACUUUUGGGGGCGACUCCACCCCAGGACUGCCCUCUUCAGAUGAACUUGGCUUUGAGUUCACUGCCUCCAACAUCUGGGCGCCUUUCGUCAAUGGUGGAACAGGCAGUAAGGCGACUAGCUCAUCCCAGCAGCAGCAGCAGCCUCUACGUCGCAACAGCAGCGGCCUCAGCGGUGGUGCCAUCACUCCUCGAUUGUCUCCAACUCUGCCUCAGGAUGUGGGUGUUGGGCCCAUGGAUCACCCGUUAGCCCGCCGUGCCCAGAGCGACCCCCUCAGCACUCUGUCCUGGCUUCAGUCCGGCAGCGCAGGGAGUGGUUCCUUCUCUGGAGCGUCCAGCUCGAGCUCUGGUGGCUCGUCCACAGGUUACUCUUCCUGCUCUGCGUCCUCUCUGCCCGGAGGCUCACCAACCGACUCCGAGGGUGGCGGCAGCAGUGUGGGCCCUAGCUCAGGGAUGCUAAGCCGGCUCAAAAGUGGCUCCGAAGGUCUCGGGGUGGCCGGUCUGGUGGGCAUCAGCCCCGGGAUCAACAGGGACUGCUUUGUGUGUUUUGAGAGUGAGGUGACGGCGGCUCUGGUGCCCUGCGGCCACAACCUGUUCUGCAUGGAGUGCGCUGGGCAAAUCUGCCAGUCGGCUGAGCCUGAGUGCCCUGUCUGCCACACCCCUACCACACAAUGCAUCCGUAUCUUCUCCUAAUGCCAAACCAGGAGUGGAGUGGGUAAAUAUGGGGGAAGGGAGUGGCAGGAAGAAGACUGAAAGGGGGGACCAGUUGUAGCCAAGGCUAAAGAAGGAUUCACACUAAUAACUUUCACACAUACACACAUAUGACGGAUCAUAAUAAAUGCAUUAAUAGAGCUGAUGAUACUAUACGGAUGUUGAUUUAUUACUGAUAACUGUCAAAGUUAAUAAUAACAAUAAUAAUAAGUACAAUGACUUAUUUCCAGAAGUAAUAGAAAGCGUCUGCAGAUAGUUCCAGCUCAGACGGUCUCGGUGUCGGAAGGAAACUAGUGUCUUAUCUCUUUUCAGGCCUUCAUUUAGACCAGCAGCAGCCCUCGCUGCUGACCAGUCUGUCUCUACAUUUCUUCAUUCUGGCUUCUUCAGAUCUUUGCCUGCUUUCUCUCACAGCCUUUCCUUUUGACACUUUUGUACUUAACAGAUAUUUUUUGAUGAAGCUGUCAGUGAGGCCUGCACUUUUCUACUCCCUUAUUUUAAUGUUCUGAACUGGACUCAAAACUGUUCCGACAAAUCCUUUGCUCUCUCCCCCAUCCGCCUCUCACUUGUGCUGUUUGUGACAUGAAGCGGCAGGGGGGCGGCUAUUUUUUCUGUAAUCUUGGAACUUUUUAUCAAAAGUCGGGCACGUAGUUGGGCACCUAGCAGAACAAUACACACAGGGGGACCUCCUUUAAGAUCAACUCCUGUUUCUCUUUGCCACAAUAAAAUUAGCCAUCAGUAAUGCCAAAUGAAUGCUAGUAAUAGGCAUGUAUUAAUUCUUGAUCGAGCUCAAUAACAUGUUGAUGAGUCUGCCCCACAUUUCAAAUGUGGCUGCUGCAUUGAUUCACAUUAAUUCUCCUUUAAUAAGUGAGAAAUGUGAGGAGUGAUACUGUAGGAAUGUGUCUGAGGGCAGUUCUCUGUACUUUUGGGCUGCCUGACAAUCCCUUUACAUCCUCUCUCUCUCUCUCUCUCUCUCUCCCCCCCCCCCCCCCCCCCCCCCCUCUUGUGUGUGACUCAUGUGUAUGUGUGUGUGAAUUAUGCCCACUCAUGCUGUGUGUUACAUCAGCAUCAUAAAGGUCUGGUUUCCUCUCCCUCACUUUACUCUCACAGUCUUACAGGAAGUCGAUGCUCUGAUCCAUCUAACGCCAGGAUGUUCACCUUAAACAUCCGCCGUCUGUUACACUCAGAUCAGCUUGUUUAGAGUUUUGUAUUCAUUUUUUGACUUUUCAACUGUCCUUGCGUGGCAGGAAGACACAUUUUGAACUCUAGGCUAAGAUAAGGUUUUCUGAUGUCACAUGAAUGUUUUUGUCUAAUAAGGUUAAAGGCGAGACGGCUUCUCCAAUCCAACAAUAAGCAAGGGGCUCGAUUCAAUUUGACCUUUCAUUUUUCAUGCACUGUCACUCCAAGCCCCUCUAAAAAAAGAAAAAAAAAAAGUAAAGAAACAGCUCUUACUGUUCUUGUUUUGGUAGUUUUGGUCUUCCACCCCGCUCUCACAGCAAAGCUGUUUGGCACUCUCUCAGAUGACACACACACUGCUGCACUCCUGGCUAAAUGUAGUUCACUAUAUGGUUAGUUGUUUGAGAUUCGUUCUAUAAUUCCUAGAAUUACUGAGUUACUCUUGAGUGAGGCGGUUCCAUCCUGUUUUGUGUUUGUGUUUUUAAAUUCAUUGUGAGUUUGCAGUAACUGCCUCCAGUAGUGUUUGGACUGUACGUAUGGUACAGGCAGUGUCGAUGUGGUGGUACACAGAUGCCGUUAGCGGCCCUUUUGAACGUGGAAACAUGACCAUGGAAAUAAGCUCAUAGAAUGAGACAAGCCAUGAAGACAGAAUUAAAAACCAACACAUGUAAUUCUCAAAGGGCUUCCUCUGACUGCACAAACACAAGAUCACAUUUUUCAGGCUCACACAUGUAGGUAGAAUCAACUUGUCCUUUAUGGCAGCUAGUAGCUAGGUCAUCCAGGGCUUCCAGACACUCUUUGUGUUCAAAUCCCAGCAGCUGCAGAAUGUUUUUGCUUGUUGUUUUUAGUGUUUGUUUUUUCUUAUUGUCCCUACAGUCAUCCCUCAGAUCCUGUCAGUUGUUUUGCAGUGUGUCAGGACAGGUUGUAGGGUUUUAAUAUCAAGGAAAAAAGGGUAAUUCUACUUGAGUAAAUAGUUGAAAAUGGGCAGUUGCUGCUGUGCUUUGGUGCUCCAGCCAGUUUUACGUUUAUUUGCUGUCUGACUGUUGGUUUGCUUCUUAUGUGACAGCAGUGCCACAGAGGAGUCUGAUAAGCCGCUGUCCUGGUUGAGCACAGCAGUGCACUAGUUCAUGUGUCCAAACGUGUAGGAAAAAAAAUUCUGCCCGGGAACUGAACUGGUAGUCUUUGUAAAGACUAUCCCCAUGGUGCUUCGGUGCAACUCCCUGCUUAUACACGGUUGAUGAACAAACCCAGUGGGCAGUGUUGAGGGGGCUUUUUGUUAGUUCUCACACUACAGACCUGACAACUCUUUUCUCAUUCUGGUCCAAACACGGCGGCCGUCCCCUCAUCGAUCUGUUUAAUGUUGCAUUUUGCAUCUCGUACUCGUGCACUCCCAGGAACAGAUGCAGGGCUGCGAAUGUGUCGGAAUGAACAGAUCAGUGGUGACUGUUGUGUGAGUGUGUUGAGGCCAAUCUUAAAAAAGCCUUCGUCGGACUGUCCAAGUGUUAGAGUUAUAAUUUGUGUUGUAUUUUCCAGAUUGGGUCUUAAAUUGACCCCCGUGUUGCACUGGGACAUUUCUGGCCAAUGAGAGAAUGUUAGGGUUUAUUGUACAGUAGUUUCAUUGUUAAAAAGGUACAAUUUUUCAGAUUGACUGCUGAAUUUUUAAUUUUUUUGGCCAAACUUCUCCCCUCCCCCAUUUCCUUCCUAAAGGUUUGAAAACAGGGUUUUCUGAGGCAUGCUAGCCAGUGACCUCUGACCUUUUUUGUGAUUCAAGGGAGGGGGGAUGCAAAGAGAGCCUCGCCAGUAAGGGGUUACCGACACCCCUCAAGCCUCCGCUCUCAUAUUUUUUUGCUUUAAUUCUUUUUGUAUGGAGAACCAAAAUGUAAAAUGUCAUCAAAGUAGGUUUCAGGCCUGAGCCGUGUGUAAAUACCCUGAAUACAAUCAUUGGAAUCUUGUUUUCAAAGCAAAAUGACUUAAUUGAAGAUAAGUGUAGUUUCUAAAAAACAUGUAUCAUUAUUUGUAAGUUAACCAUCUGCAUGUCUUCAAGCCUCCUGGCAUUAGAUAAUAAUUUUAAGAUAAAAAAAAAAAACUUUUUACACAUUUUAUUUUUUACAAUUUAUUUGCUUAUCUAAAUAUCCCAGACAAUAAUGUGACCCUUUUUAUUACUUCAAAUUUAUUUUUAUUUUCCAUUUUUUAUUUUCCUUAUUUCCUGUGUACUACAUAUAGGCAAUUUAUAACAAAAUGAGAAAAUUAUUGAAGAAAUUUUAAAAUUGAAAUAUAUUUUAUUUGAAAGUUUAUGGACCUUUUAACCGUGAGCCGGGAAAAUUGUAUAAUCAUAUAAUUUCAGCUGACUUGACGGUUAUGAGAAAUGUAUCAAGAGUUUUAUUUUUUAUGCUUCUUUAAUAAAGUCUUGUUUUUGGUUUCAUUUUUUACUGUAAAAUGAGAACAAGUGUGUUGUGUCUUCAUUGAAAUGUACAGCAUCCGCCUGUUAGCCACACGGUGGCAGUACAGACACAGCUGCAGCAGGGAAUCUGCAGUUCAGACAUGUUUGUAUAACUGAGACCAGACAUUCAUUAAUGGUGCAGAAAAUUCAGACAACACUGCAAGGGGCCUGAAUCUGACAUUUCAAAAGAUCUGGUUUGCUUUUAGAAGAAAUGCAGGGUUUUGUAACUGUCAACAAGCAUUGACUGCCCUAUUAAACAAAAGAUGCUGUUAUGAGAAUUUGCUGCUUUUUUUCCAGGUGUACAAAGCACCUUCAGGUCACACUGCUGCUCUAACAAAACAGAAAUUAAUAUUGGUUUAUUGAUAAAUUUGGGUUUUUGUUCUAACAAAAAGCUUGGACCAAACAAAGUGUCAGUCGGAUGAAAAGUAAUUGUAAAUAUUCCAGUAAUUGGCAAAAGAAAAUAAAAGGCAGAAUAAAAAGGCCCAAGUUCUCAAAUUAGAUUUACUUCUAAUAUUGUCUUAGGGGUAAAGUGUUAAUUUUGGGGUUUGUUUAAAAUAAAAAGUUUAAAGUGG